AGGCUGGAAGCGCGGAGCUCUCUUCGUGCGCAGCGAUGUUGGCGAGCGGGGCUGCGCGGGGGGAGCCUCGAAACAAAGGAUACAUCUGGGGUGUCAAGUCUGACGGAGAACCACCUGAAGUAUCACUGGAAAAAACUGAGGGGCAGGAGCAGAACCUGAGGAGUAAAGAUGGAGCAAAGAGUCAAGAGGAGAGACAGACUCACACAGGAGACAAACCUUAUCAAUGCCUGGAGUGUGGAAAGACCUUCAGUCAGAGUAUCACCCUUACUAGGCAUCAGAGAUGUCACACAGGGGACAAAACUUAUCAAUGCUUGGAGUGUGGAAAGAGUUUCAGUCAGAGUAGCCACCUUACUUCACAUCACAGAACUCACACAGGGGACAAACCUUAUAAAUGCUUGGAGUGUGGAAAGAGCUACAGUCAGAGUGGCCACCUUACUGUACAUCAAAGAUCUCAUACAGGGGACAAACCCUAUAAAUGCUUGGAGUGUGGAAAGAGCUUCAGUAAGAGUAGCGAGCUUACUUCACAUCAAAGAACUCACACAGGGGACAAACCUUAUAAAUGUUUGGAAUGUGGAAAGAGCUUCAGUUGGAGUAGCAUCCUUACUUCACAUCAAAGAUGUCACACAGGGGACAAACCCUAUAAAUGCUUUGAGUGUGGAAAGAGCUUCAGUGACAAGAGCACCCUUAGUAAACAUGAAAGAAUUCACACAGGCGACAAACCUUAUCAAUGCUUUGAGUGUGGAAAGACCUUCUGUCGGAGUGGCCACCUUACUUCGCAUCAAAGAAUUCACACAGGGGACAAACUUUAUAAAUGCUUAGAGUGUGGAAAGAGCUUCAGUGACAAUAGCACCCUUAGUAAACAUGAAAGAAUUCACACAGGGGACAAACCUUAUAAAUGCUUGGAGUGUGGAAAGAGCUUCAGUCAGAGUAUCACCCUUACUAGGCAUCAGAGAUGUCACACAGGGGACAAAACUUAUCAAUGCUUGGAGUGUGGAAAGAGCUUCAGUCAGAGUAGCCACCUUACUUCACAUCACAGAACUCACACAGGGGACAAACCUUAUAAAUGCUUGGAGUGUGGAAAGAGCUUCAGUCAGAGUGGCCACCUUACUGUACAUCAAAGAUCUCAUACAGGGGACAAACCCUAUAAAUGCUUGGAGUGUGGAAAGAGCUUCAGUGACAAUAGCACCCUUAGUAAACAUGAAAGAAUUCACACAGGGGACAAACCUUAUAGAUGCUUGGAGUGUGGAAAGAGCUUCAGUGACAAUAGCACCCUUAGUAAACAUGAAAGAAUUCACACAGGGGACAAACCUUAUCAAUGUUUGGAGUGUGGAAAGAGCUUCAGUGCUAAUAGCAACCUUACUUCACAUCAAAGAAUUCACACAGGGGACAAACCUUAUAAAUGCCUGGAGUGUGGAAAGGGCUUCAGUCGGAGUAGUGCCCUUACGGUUCACCAAAGAAGUCACACAGGAUACAAACCUUAUCAAUGCUUGGAGUGUGGAAAGGGCUUCAGUCGGAGUGACCACCUUACAGAUCAUCAAAGAACUCACAGAGGGGACAAACCUUAUAAAUGUUUGGAGUGUGGAAAGACCUACAGGUGGAGUAGCCACCUUACUUCACAUCAAAGAAUUCACACAGGGGACAAACCUUUUAAAUGCUUGCAGUGUUGAAAGUCCUUCAGUGACCGUAGCACCCUUACUUCUCUUCAAAGAACUCACACAGGGGACAAACCUUAUAAAUGCUUGGAUUGUGGAAAGAGCUUUAGUCAGAGUUGCCACCUUACUCCGCAUCAAUGAACUCACAUAGGGGACAAACCUUAUCAAUGCUUUGAGUGUGGAAAGAGCUUCAGUCAGAGUAACCACCUGAAUUCGCAUCACAGAACUCAUACAGGGGAGAAAUCUUACAAAUGCUUGGAGUGUGGAAAAAGCUUCAGAUGGAGUAGCGCCCUUACGCUGCAUCAAAGAACUCACUUGGGACAAACCUUAUAAAUGUUUGGAAUGUGGAGAUAGCUUCAGUAGCAGUAGUCACCUUACUUCACAUCACAAAACUCGCACAGGGGACAAACCUUAUAAAUGCUGCGAGUUUGGAAAGAGCUUCAGUCAGAGUGGUCACCUUACUUUGCAUCACAGAACGCAUAUAGGGAACAAGCCCUGUACAUGCUUGUAGUGUUGAAAGACCUUUCAUCAGAAUGGCUACCUUCAGGCACAUAAAAGGAUCCGAUUAAGGGAAGAGAUGUAUAAAUGCUUUGAAUUCAGAAAGAAAUUUAAGCAAAGUUCAACUCUUGCUGUGCAUUGAAGCAUCCGUACAGGAAAGCCGGGCUUCAAACAGGAUUUUUAUGGGGAGUUUCAGACCCCCGACAGUGUCCUUCUCUUACCUUAACCACAGACUGUUCCACUUCCCUUCAUCCUGGGCUGUGGAGUUGGAAUCAGAGAGUGGGAGUCGGAAGCAAUUUUGGGUGGAGUCGGUAGUCCGACUUAAAGAUAAAAUUAAUAUUUUAAUAGAAUAGUUACAGGAAGCAUGAAAAUCAUGAUAAUGUUGGCAGAAAGUGGGAUUCUGGGUGUUGUUAGUUCUCCAGUCCCCUUCAAGGGUGAAAUAAUGUUUGCAUUUUCUUACACCAACUUCUAUGCCUUUCUUUCCUUUGGUCUUGUUUCCCAAAAAAACGGAACUUGCCCAGUCUUGGCAGGACCUACCAAACCCCAUUUUGUUGGGCCACGGGGGCUAUGUCCCAGGUAGAAUUUGUGCUGAACCAUUUCCAUGCCAUAGGUAUAAAAAUGGGGGCUGCGUCAGUGAUGUUCUCUUCAGUCAAAGGGAUGAGUGCAAGGUCAACGCCUCCCUCCCCAUGGACAGGAAGUAGGGAGCAUAUCCAACAGUUACUCACACUAGAGUGAAAGAGACCAACAUGUAUAUAAAGAACCACUCCCCUUUUCCAUUUUUCCAGUAUUAUUUUGGCUUGCCUCUGCAGGCAACUCUUCAAGAUUUCAUUGUCUGCUCUUUCACUUAUCUUUCUCGAUCCAGCAGGAGUUUUCGGAUGAUAAACACAAGCCAAAUUCAACUGUAGCACCAGAACACCUCUUCCUUUCAGUGUCCACAAUGAGUGUGGAAGAUACAAGGUCAACAGGGAAAUUGUUGCAUGGGUCAAAGUCACAGCUGUCUGUCAGCGCUAAGGCUCACAAGAGGACUUUUCUUAAGGCUUUAUUCUGGCCUGUAGCUACUGUAUCCUAUCAGUCUGCCAAUCCGCACCCCAGGUGCUGGGAAUUGGGCUGUUAGGACUCAACAGGGAUGGGCAGAGCUUGGGAAAGUUACUUUUUUGAACUGCAACUCCCAACAACCCAAUCCAGUGGCCAUGCUGGCUGGGGCUGAUGGGAGUUGUAGUUCAAAAAAGUAACUUUCCCAAGCUCUGGGGAUGGGUUACUGUGUUCGGCGCCCCACUGCAAAUUAUAAAUUGGCGUCCUUAUCUUUUAUAUUUUUUUUGUUCAUUUUUCAAUUCAAAUGCUCGUAAAUUAUUAUUAAUUUUUCCGGAGGUUUUUUUUUUAAAUUCCAGGCUUAGGGGCACCUUUGGCACCUUACCUUUCUAAAACCAGCUUGGAUGUCUGGCACUUCUCGCUCCAUAUAAGAUGGUAAGAGCCUUUACUUUAUUUGCAUUGUAUAUUAAGACAAUAGUUCGAAAAUUACUGCGUUCCCUGGGAUCCCCUUUCUUUGGAGUUGGGAUGUAUAUUGAACACUUCCAGUCUGUGGGGCAUUGUUUAGUUUUCCAUAUUUGUUGACAAUGUUUUGUCAAAAUUUCGACAGAUUCAGUCUCAGUAGCUUGUAGCCACUCUAUUGGUACGCCAUCUAUUCCUGGUGAUUGUGUCUUCCAAAUAUUUUAAGAGCAGCUUUCACCUCACAUCCUAAAAUUGCUGGUUCUUCAUCAUAGGGUUCCUCCAUGAAUGAAUUUGUCAUCCUUGCAUCUCUUUUAUAGUUCUUCAAUGUAUUGCUUCCAUCUUCCUUUUAUCUCGGUCAGUCAGUGUGUUCCCCUGUUGAUUAUUCAACAUCCCUACUGUUGGCCUAAAUUUCCCUUUAAUUUCUUCCUGUACUUCUGCAUCAAAUCUCUCAGUUUCCUCUUCUUUUCUGUUUGCCGUUGGAGCAUAGACUUAGAUGAUGGUUACGUUGAUAGGUUUCCCAUUAAAUCUCAUUGAUAUUACUCACUCAGCCUUUGCAUGAUAGCUCCCAAUUGCUUUUUCUACGUCACUUCUGACUAUUAGAGCAACCCCGUUUCUCCUUAAUUUAUCAUUUCCUGCAUAAAAUAUUUUGAAGUUGCCUGAAAAUGUCCCUUUCCCAUCCAUUUUAAUUCACUCACAUCAACUAUUGUAAUGUUGAUGGGUUCCAUUUCUUGCUUGACAAUUUCCCUGGUUCAUGCUUCUCACAUUCCAUGUUCCUGUUGUGUGCGUCAUACAGCUCCGGACUCUCCUUUCACAUCUGUGCGCAUCAGCCUCUGGGCUUCCUUUCAUCUUUGACCCAGCUGCAUCAUUAGUCACAGCGCUACUCAUACUUGUCCUUUGUUCUGUCCCAAUAGCUCAGUGAGUGCCAUCUGACCUGGGGGUCUCAUCUUCUAGCACUUGUAUUGCAGGAUACAUCUGGGGAGUCAAGGCUGAGGGAGAACCAUCUGAAGUAUCACUGGGAAAAGCUGAGGAGCAGAUGCAGGAGCAGAAACUGAGGAGUCAAGAUGGAGCAAAGAGACAAGAGGAGAGACAGACGCACACAGGGGACAAAUCUUCUGAAUGCUUGGAGUGUGGAAAGAGCUUCAGGUGGAGUAGCCACCUUACUUCGCAUCAAAGAACUCACACAGGGGACAAACCUUAUAAAUGCUUGGAGUGUGGAAAAAGCAAAACUGAGAUGCCUCUGACACAAGCACUAAGUUCCCCUUCUGACCCAUUUUAUUCCUCUUUCUGUAUCUUCACACCAGUCAUGCAAGGUAGGUUAGUCUGAGAAUUAGUGACUGGCCCAAGUUGGGAAGUGAGGAAAAACAAUGAGAAGAGACUUUAAAAUACAAAACUGCAUAUGCUCAGAGUAUUUUCUUUUUGUUUAAUAAGGUUGCUAAAAUAUUUUGUGUUUGCUGAGAGUUGUGAAACUGCACAUGCUCAGAGUAUGUUUUAAUCCAGCCAUGGGUUACAGCGAUUUAAAAAUACAACUUUGAAAUCAGUUAAUAGUCUGGGUUCUAAAAACAUCUCUCUCAGGGCUCAAAGGAAGGGAUGAAAAGUGUGCCUUCAGCAAAUCCUCAGCCUUGAAGACUUUGCAGGCCAAAACCAGCACCUUCAACUGGGCCCAGAAUCAAACGCAAGAAUUUGGGCCGAGAGCCCAUCACAUCUGACUCUGCAGCAUGAACCACACAAGGCAGGCACAGAUCCAGUUUAAAGAGAGUGGCCUUCACAGCAUCAGACAUCCUGUCCACAUUGUCCAGGAGAGAAGACCAAGUGAUGGAAGAGAUUGAUUCUGUAGCCUCUGGGAGAGAAGAGCCUGCCUUCACUGCAGGGUCCAUGUUGGGUUAAUUUUAGCAGGAAAAUGCCAUCAGGGUUAAGCAGCAUAUAUGCCCAUCUUGCAUUUCGGAAUGGAGCCUCCGUGGCCUGCAUGGGGGGGGGACUGUGCCCGGGGGAAAGGACUAGGCAGUUCAACAUCAGGCUCUUGAGGUUGGUCCGGAAGCUGAAGCUGGUGCAAAAUGCAGCAGCGAGACUGCUCAGUGGGGCAGGAUAUCUCCAACUAUCUAUCUAUCUAUCGUCCCCCUGAUCAAAAUGCUCAGGGAGACCAUGAGAUGAGAUAUGAAAUUGAGGAAGCAUCCAAA